ACCGCGUUUAUUUGCGCCAAACUUUGCGACGUUUCGCUUUCCCGGGUGUGGGCAACGGUGACACUUUAGCUUUGACGUCAGCUUCUUUGGUGAUACAAGUUAGCGCGGAGCUAACGGAGCUAGCAUGGGCUAGCGCCUCGGUCGCUUUGCCAACUUUAAAUAGUAAAAGGAAUUUUUUUUCGGGGGAUUAUGACAAUUUACAUACGACCCCACACACGUUGUUUGUGUGUUUUGCCCACCGAUAAAAGAAAAGAGCCGUUUUUGGUUCCCCCAAAGCAGCUCCGGCCCCGGCCGCAGUCCGCGGUCUCGAGUUUGACGGCGGGCUGUAGACGCGGAGGCUCGACGGCGUGCAGCGGCUAGCGAGUCCCGGGGACCAGCACCAUGGGAGACAGUCGAGAUUCACGCAGUCCGGACAGUUCGUCGGUGUCCUCCCCGCCGUCAGGCCAGCGCUCACCACCUCUGGCGCCGUCAGCGGCAGCCUCCAUGACCUCGCUGCCUCCCAUCUCCAGCGCCGGGGUCAACAGCCCCAUCAGUAGCAUCGGUUCCCCUUUUUCCGUCAUCAGCUCCUCGCUGGGCUCCCCCUGCCUGCCCGGCACGCCAUCAGUCGGUUAUGGUCCUAUUAGCAGCCCGCAAAUAAACUCCACAGUGUCCAUGUCCGGACUUCACACCGUGAGUAGCUCAGACGACGUCAAACCUCCGAUAGGCCUGAAGCUUUCGGGUCACAGCCCGGGCCCGAUGCUCUCCCAGAAACGCCUUUGUUCAAUUUGCGGCGACCGAUCCUCCGGAAAGCACUACGGCGUGUACAGCUGCGAGGGCUGCAAAGGCUUCUUCAAGCGGACGGUGCGCAAAGACCUGACGUACACCUGUCGGGACAGCAAAGACUGCAUGGUGGACAAGAGGCAGAGGAACCGCUGCCAAUACUGCCGCUACCAGAAGUGCCUGGCCAUGGGCAUGAAGAGAGAAGUGGCUAAGAUGAACGACAGAUCGGUUCAAGAGGAGCGUCAGAGGAACAAAGAGCGCGAGGGCGAGGUGGAGUCCACCAGCAUGGUCAACGAGGAGAUGCCUGUGGAGAAGAUCUUGGAAGCGGAGAUGGCCGUCGAGCAGAAGACGGAGCUGCACGCCGACGGAAGCUCUGGAGGAAGCUCUCCCAACGACCCCGUCACGAACAUCUGCCAAGCUGCAGACAAGCAGCUCUUCACCCUGGUGGAAUGGGCCAAGAGGAUCCCCCACUUUUCGGAACUGCCCCUCGACGACCAGGUUAUCUUGCUCCGCGCAGGCUGGAACGAGCUGCUGAUCGCCUCCUUCUCGCACCGCUCCAUCUCGGUCAAGGACGGGAUCUUACUGGCCACCGGCCUCCACGUGCACAGGAGCAGCGCUCACAGCGCCGGCGUCGGAGCCAUCUUCGACAGGGCGCACAAUGCUGAGGUUGGGGCCAUAUUCGACAGGGUUCUGACCGAGCUGGUGAGCAAGAUGAGAGACAUGCAGAUGGACAAGACUGAGCUGGGCUGCCUACGGGCCAUCAUCCUCUUCAAUCCAGAUGCCAAGGGUUUGUCCAACCCCAGCGAGGUGGAGCUGCUGAGAGAAAGGGUGUACGCGUCUCUGGAAACGUACUGUAAGCAGAAGUACCCGGACCAGCAGGGCAGGUUCGCCAAGCUCCUCCUGCGGCUGCCGGCGCUGCGCUCCAUCGGCCUGAAGUGCCUGGAGCACCUGUUCUUCUUCAAGCUGAUCGGCGACACCCCCAUCGACACCUUCCUCAUGGAGAUGCUGGAGGCCCCUCACCAGCUCACCUAGGCGAAGACGGCAUUGAAAUCCAGGAGGGUCUGGGAGCACUUUUUGAAUGACUAACGUUGUCCUUCCAUCCCCGACGUGAGCACAGUGGGCUUUGUAAGACAAAAACGAAUAACUUGAAUUUAUAUACGUUUGUUUUUUUUUUUAAUUUGAUCCUUUUGUUUCUUCUCCACCCCGGCAGUCGGUUGGCUGUUUGACGAGCUCGAGGGAGUCAAACGGGUCGGUUUCUCUCUUCUUUUUUUUUUUUUUUUUUUUUAAUAGCCCGGACGUCGUCCUUCGCCGGUGGUCAUUUUUUGCACUUUUGUGAGUUGUACCUGCGUGAACGUUUUCCCCCGAAUGGCCGCCGUCUCCGAGGCAAGGUACUGCCGUGUUGGCUUUCGCGCUCAUCCUUGCUGUCAGAUAGGUCGCGCAGCGAAGAGGUCGCCGGAAUCCGAUUCCUGUUUAUUGGGCGCGCCGAGCUCAAUGUGAUGCCGAGCGAUGACAAUUUCGGUUUGGGUUGCGGUGAAAUGAGCUCGGUACGCCUAAUUGUGACCAUGGCGCGAAAGGAAAGAUGAUUGGACAUUUUAAUAUUGCAGUAUUAUAUGCCCCCUCUCUCUCCUCCAAUGGACCUUUCCGACUGGCGAUCUUAAGCUCCGCCCCCUUAGCUACAGAUGUCCCACAAGCUUCCAAAUUGGCGACUGAACAUAACAGGUUUGAAGUCGAUUCUCCAUUGCGUAUUCCAAUCAAAUAUCGCGGUAUGUUGUACGCCAAAUGCGUCAAGACUUGUCAAGACGAGUUCUCAGCUAUUUCACGCAGGGAUAUGUACAUGGAAUUAAGAUUUUGGACAGAGCAGGACGCAAUGUCAGAGUUGCGGCGAAACGUCGGCGAUCGAUGCCAAAAAAAGUUUGACGCCUCACAAACGUCAUAUUGAAAUCCAACGGGAUAAAACUGGAAUCGUACCGCGCACGUAAAGCAGGGUGAGUACUUUUUACUCGGAAAGAUCACGAGUAAUAUCGUUGUAGUCGUUAUAAGUGAGUGGGUGUAUUCACUUGCCUUGGCUCGUAAUCGAACCCAGUGCUUUGUCUUAAAAGUCCGAUUUGACGCAAAUGGGCAAAUAUACAUUUUUCUUGCGUGACAUGGCGCAUGUGUUUGUUGACAUUGUUCACAUUUAGUUGUACGUGCGCUCUUCCGCGAGCCUUAAUCCACCGUAGACACUUCGUCAACGGUGUUUUACGCUUUGGAAAAUGAAUCAAGCGGGCCCCUUGUAACCAAGCAUCGGAAUUGCACGUUCCCCAAGCGCAUCUGAGGACCAUUUCCUUCGUAACGUUAACUUUUCCAAGCGCACGCUACUGACAACCAGCACUGCUUGUAGGGCGACAUGGCUGCAGGGGCAAGACAACGCGGCUGUCUGAUUGGCUAUUGUUGGACGAGCGAUUGACAGGUCGGAACGGUCCAUUGAUGACGUUACUAGUUGUGCAUUAGACGUACGCAGGAAAGGACCACAUCAGAAUUUAGGAUGCGAAUGAGUUCUGUGCGACUGACUCCCUCUGCACUUGGACAUAUAUAUAUAUAUUUUUUUUUUUUACAUUAGAUGUGUAAAUAAUAGGACUUGAAAAUCACAAACAUCCUCCUUGCUCCAACAAAGAUUAUAUAAAAAAAAAAAAAAAAACACAAAUCCCUUCCCUCACGUUCUUGAUUGGCACUUGACUUUUACUGUGAUUUUUACAUUUUUUUUUUUUUUUUUUUAACCAUGCGCAGCUCCAAAUGUGAUUAGCAGUGUUUAGCAAUACUGCUAUGGAAGUAAAUAUGCGCCACCAGGAUUUGAAUUUGAAAUGUAAAGUGAUCGCAUUUUCAAUAGUUGUAUUUCAGUGUAACUUUUCGACGUUAGCGAUUCAACUGGUUACAAUUCGCUUUGUAAAAUUCACCGCCUGGUGCCACAGACGGUGAAUUUCAGACAGCGAAUUGUAACAACUAUUGAAAAUGACUUUACAUUUCAAAUUCAAAUCCUGGUGACACAUAUUUACUUCCAUACACUGCUCUGGAUUUUUACGAUUAUCACGGCGAGCUUUUAUUCCAGUCCAGACGUUUGUGGGUUUACGUCACGGGCAGCGCUGAGGCUCAUUGGACAAGGGAAUAGGUGCUAAAUAUCGAACACAGUCUUGCCAUUCCCAGCAACGCAAUCAAUGCACGGUAUGCAAGUAGGCGGGCGGAACAGACGGCGGCGAAACAGGCGGCGGAUGUUCGAGAGUCCAAAUGGAUCCUCUCAAAGAGGACUUUUGCGUUCGUGUGACUCGCUGGCCCGCCGUCAGACGACCUGUGAGACAGGUGCUUCUUUUUCAGUGUUUGGCUUUUUCUUCUGUGGCGUGCGAGGCGAUCAGUGCAAGGGGUGGGCAAACUACGACAGCUCCCGUUUUUUUUUUUUUUUUUUUAAGCUAAUUUGGUCUUUUUAAUUUUUCCCUGAAAUUGAUGAAUCAAAGUAAUUAUUAAUUCAGGUGAUUUUGAACAAUUUCCCAAUCGAUUUCAUAAUUUGCUAAAUUUGUUCAUAAAUGAUGCAUUCAUUCUAAAUACAAUUAAAUGAACAUUAUUUUAUUACUUGCAUGAAUUGAGCUGCCCUUUUCCGUAAAAUUGAUUGGAAAAAUAGUUUUAAAAUGUUAUUUAAAAUAAUUGCUUGUUUUUAAUGAAAUGAGUAUUUUAAAUUUUAUUCUUAAGAGUGCAUUUUUUUUAACCAACUGUCUAAUUUACCUGAGCACAAAAGAUUGCCCACCCCUGGUUUCAAGGAAUUGUCAUUAUUAUUUUUUUAAAUUUACAUGCUCUUUUUAGAAGCGAACCCCAAAUUUUUUUAGCAUUUUUAGGACGGCAAGACUGAUGCGAGCUCUCAUUUUUUGGAUAAUUGACAGCUCACUGUGUUUGCCACCCGCCCACCCCCCCCAAGAAUCUUCCUGGGCGGAAUGUUGAAGGCCACUGCGGUCGGCCACGUUGGUUCUGAUCGGGCCGUAAGGACCUUAAAUGCCAAUGUUUCACUUUGAUAGUUACGACUGGACAAAAGUAUGCUAUGUGAACGGUGCGGAAAAUACGAAUUGAGCCUCUGGGAACGAUCGUGGGCCCACUGCAUUUUCCCUCAUUUUGCAUGAGAGUGAGUUCACUGUAGUUCUCGGGGGGGCUCAAUUGUGGUAACGGAGCGGGGUCUGUGAGAUAAACGCGUCCCCUCCCCAACCCCCCAAAGGAUCGACUGUGCGCACCGGAGCUUUCACCUGCUGCGUUGAGGUGUUUCCGUUCUUUCAGACGGCGCCGAAUUUUUAACACGCGACACCGAAAUUUGAGGCGGGACGGAGGCGAGACAGACUGUUUUAUUCCUGCAACCCGGCCCUCCACCCUUCAUCUUUUUUUGGCCUUAGAUGCUUUCACGAUGAAUGAACCAACGAACCUUCCAAUUAAGUGUGAGCGGAUUAAGCCGCCCCUCUUCGGAGUCGUGUGACAUUAUUGCCGUAAAACAAUGUGAAGCUUUCCGGGGCUCAGCGGACAUAAGUGCCCCCCACUCUUCCCUUCCCCAACGCUUUUACUGUACUUGACCACAAAUGCACGGGUUCUCAAACCUUUUGGGUCCAGGGGGAAUUUUUUUUUUUUUUUUUCCAAAGGACCUGAUGACCCCCCCCCGCUCAAGAAGUGCAAACUUCUUUUUCUCUUGGAGGAAUUAUAAUAUGUACACUUGCUGUUUUUGUGUUCUAUUGUCUUGUUUGGUGCUGUGGUGACAUCUUGUGUUUAAAAAAAAAAAAAAAAAGAAAGAAAGAUAUUGUUCACUUUUAAACUCCCGGCAGUUGCUUUGUGUCUCGAUCCGCUUGGCUUGAACCGGGGCAAAGUGUUUUGACCCGUUUGAUCACAUCCGUGGCGCGUACACCGGGUGACCCCUAAAUGCCGUAAGAAUGAAUUAGUUUCAGUUUUUGAGGGGAAAAAGAAGUUGUUACAAAAGCGACUUCAUAUUUUUUAAGAGGUUAAAAAAUAUGGGUGUAAUAUGUAUGGGAAUAGUGUUACUUUCACCUUUUGGUUUAAAAUAACUAUGCAGCGAUGUCAAAUUUAUGGAUGUAUGCACUUUGAUAUGACGUAACGGAAUUAUUGUUUUGUUUUUCAUUUUCUUCCAAACCGCUAGCGCAGCGGUGUCAAACUCAUUUUUAUCACGGGGCCACAUUGUAGUUAGGGUUUCCGUCAGUGGGCUCUUAUGACUGAAACCAUGAAAAUCUUUAUUUGACCAUUAAUAUUCACACAUUGAAUUUAUUAACUCGUUUUGGAAUCAGAAAUCAAGAGUAAUGUUUUUUUCCAACUAUUGUUGAUGUUUGGCAACACAAAAAUCCUUGCAAUAUAUGAACGUCGUCAUUUAUGUUGUGACGGUUUGAAAUUUUGGUUCAAAUUUCAAUGAAAAUCGUGGAAGUUGAUAACACGUGAUUUGCCUUCCCGGGCCACGUCAAAUCAUGUGGCGGGCCAGAUCUGGCCCCCGGGCCUGGAGUUUGACACCUGCGCUCUAGCCUAAGGUUUACGGACCUCCAGUUUGAGAACCCCUGCAUAACUGCUCGUCAUGGGUGACCGUGUAUUUCGUUACUUUUGAGAGCAAGUGUUUUUUUUUUCCCAUUUUAUUUUGUAUGAUUGAAGAUAAAUGAUGUGCACAUUAGUAGAUAACGUAGCCCCAGCCCAAGUGAAGAGCGGUUAUUUUUAUUUUUUUUUUUUUCUGACCUGAUGAAGGGUUUCUCGUAGGAAUGGACCGGCAGCUGUGGUGCGAGGGUCCGGUCCCAAAAAAAAAAAAGUAUAGCGGGUGUAAGGAUAGAAAAAGUCAACACACCCCUGUUUGAAAUGAAUUAUCCAUCAUUGCAGCAAAGUAAAAUUUUCCAGCAUGGAUGUGUUGACUUUUCAUAUCCACCGUACGGCCAUGGUUAGAGGCCCAUCUCGGUGCACCCCCCUCCCUCCCCUUUAACCCCUCGCACUGCACCUUUUUGCGCACUGGGCUGGCGUCACGCAGAUGCACUUUUUGGUUUUGUUUUUUUUCCCUUGAGGGUGAGCGUGCGCCAGGGGGCGCGCUCUGUUUUAUGUGGUCAAAGUUACUUCGGAAGGCGUUUUGAAGGUCAACUUGAGGAGGAAAAAAAAAAAAAAAUCCAAUUUCCACCGACGGAGCUCGAAUCUUCCUAAAUUGUUUACUCUUCGCUCAAAUGAAAUUGUCUCCCCUUCCUUUGCCGGUGCUUCCAGUCUUUUGUUUAUUACCAAGUAUUAAACAAAUGCAUCCUCUGUCCAAUCCAAAUGAAACAUGUCCCUCUUUUCUUUUUUUUUUUGUUGUCCCGUUUGAAUCUCGCGCCAUCGUAAACGUGGAGCCCCCCCCCCCCCGUGACUAUUGUGUGCUUUGAAGAUUUGAAAGAAGAAAAGUAUGAAACGCCGUCCCCCCACCCCCUCGGUCAUUAAUUCUGACUCUUGUUUCUGUUUGUUGUAUUAUGUCCGAGUAAAGCUUUUAAUACUGUACACAAACCGUUUUUUCAUUUCAUUAUUUCUCUCCGGUCCACGCCUCGGUCAGUCCCAGCAGGACCCCCAGGGCCCCCGGCUGACCACUGAGGGGCCGCACUGCUGUCAUUCGGCCACCAGAGGGAGCACGGUACCUUUUUUUUGGGGGGGGGGGGUGAUUUUGGAGGCCCGGUUUCUCCUUUUGACUCCUCCUCCCAGCCAAUGAGGAGGCGGAAUACCUGCGACCAUGCUCAUCCUUCUCUGCCACACUUUCCCGGAAUGUGAGGUCGCCUCUCCUUCCUCAUCCCGGCUGAAGGAGCUCCUCUUAAUCCCUUGCGAUUUAUUUAUUUGGCCCGCAACGUGCGAACUCCUCGUCUGAAAACAUGAAAUUGUUUUCAUUUUUCCCUGAUAAUCAAUUUUCCGCAUUUGCUGGGACUUGUCUCUGCUGUGUUACUUCCAGUUUACGGUUGUGGACGGGAGGGGGUUUUAUUCUUCUUUCUUUUUGGUCCAAUCAGACUUCAGCCCUUUUGUGUUGCCGUGUCAAUCGAUUCUGGCCUGGGCCUUCAGCUCAGCGAGCACUGAGCCCGUUUGUAGUCCUCUCCUUUCCAACCACGUCCUUCCGCUUGCGACAGUCUUCAUCCCGUCCCCCAUCUUUCGGCCCCCGUGCUCCUCUUCUUCCACUUCCCACCUUGGUUUUCUCCCAUUUCGGCCCCCCCCCACACACACACAUCCCGAAAAACAUACAAAAUUAAUUGGACACUCUAAAUUGCCCAUAGGUGAAAUUGAGAGUGCGGCUGUUUGUCUCGAUGUGCCCUGCGGCCGGCCGGCAAGCAGUUCAGGGUGUACCCAGCCCGCCUCCUGCUCGUUGACAGCCGGGAUAGGCUCCGGCACUUCCCGCGGCCCUCGUGAGGAUAAGCGGCAAAGAAAACGGAUAGAUGGCUGUUCCUAAAAUGAAGAACUAAACCCGCAGAAUUGUUGAUUUCCAGCCACUGUUGUCGACAUUUUGGCGCUUGUUGUGUCUGUGAUGGGAAAAGAAAUUCCCCACUGUCAGUGGCUGGUCAGCUUCUGUCCCUUGAGUUGUUUCAGCUGUAAUGAUACGCCGCAGUCUCCGCUCGGCUGCGCACGGAGCUAAACUGGGAUGAGGCGGACUUGAAAGGGCGUAAUUGCACAUCGGUCGGCGGCUGGUUUUUCUGCCGCUUUCUAAUCGAGAGGAGAACGCGAGGGGCGACGGCGAGUGCGAGUCUGACGUCAGGCCCCGGUGUCCAGAAUUUCACGUGAGGCGCGGUCGGAUAAGCCGAUUACAGGGGUGCAACUCAAGCACGACAGCGCGUGGACUGUGGGCAGAAAUAAUCAGUAAAUUUAAUUCAUCGAGAAAUUUUAGAUUAAGUGGCGGCACGGUUCUGAGGUCCCGGCCCCCCACUCCGGUUUCCUCCCACAUCCCAAAAACCUGCGACAUUGAUUGGACGCUCUAAAUUGCCCGUAGGUGUCAUUGUGGCUCUUUGUCUCGAUGUGCCCUGCAAUUGACUGGCAACCAGUUCAGGGUGUACCCCACCCGCCUCGUGCCCGUUGACACCUGGGAUAGGCUCCAGCGCUCCCUGCUACUCUUGUGAGGAUAAGCGGCAAAGAAAAUAGAUGGAUGGAUGGAAUUUUAGAUUGUUUCAGUGGAUAGAUAAUGGAUGAAGCGGAUUGGAUGGAUCAUCUCAAAACAGAUAUUUUGCGGCAAUUUGGAGAUUCAAUUCUAAAAAUAAAAAAAUAUCCACAUCAUAUGUAAAAAUGCAAAUGUGUCCAAUAUUUUUUUCCAUUUUUUGAUAAUAAUUGAUGGAAUUUUUUGCUAUCUAUAUGUGAUUUACAGAUUCUAGUAUGUCUCAGUCUGCAAUUUAUAUUUAAUACAGAGCGUUGAUUCGUUACAGCAGUCGUGCACGCUUGCCAUUCAUGAAA